AUGGCGACAAGAUGGACACCAGAGUAUCUUACCCACCUCGAAGGACUUACACCGGCCGAGAUUCACGCAGAAUUGGAUGCAACCCUUUUCUGGCCCCCAGGUGCUGUUCCCGCUUAUACUUUUCAUGAAGAAUUCUGCGAUUUUCGGGAGCACCUUCUUGCCAACCCACGAUCACUUCGCGCGAGGUACCCGAAGGUCGCCGCGGCGGUCAGGACUUGGGUGAGACUACCACAUACCAAGGAUCUGUUCAUGACCUCUCUUCGCAUGCAUCCAUGCAAUUUGACACUUCGCAACAUGUUAGCUCCUGCUGGACCUCAAUUGGUCGUGCCAGUAUUAGCCAGGCCAUGGGCGGUGCCAGGCGCUCUUGUCGCGGGUGCCCGAGAUGCAACAGCGGCCAGUCCCAACGUUCCAGACAUGCUUUCGGAUGCAGUUUCUCUCGGGUGCCAUGAAUGUAUUAAGGCAUUGGACGACAUAAUGGUGUUGCCCCUGGACUCUGCUACUAUCACGUACAUGCCUUAUACUGAAUGUGGAGUUAGUCUUAUUAUGAUUGCACAGCUGUCCUUUGUCGGGCGUAACAUCUCAGAAGAUGAGUGCAACAACGUGAUAGACAUUCUUAGACGGACAAAUGGUCUGGGGUCGCAACUGUGGAACCGUGCCUGGUACACGCUUGUUGGUUUACCUACUGCCGGACCGCUAGUGCCACCCUUAAGUUCAUUGAGUAUCCUUCAAGACGCCGUUAUGAGUUUCCCAUCAAAGUCAAUUGAGAUGUUAUCGGAAUGGCACGAAGACGGCUCCGUAAUUGCUCCUGACCCUCUGAUGGCUGGGCACAUGGCCCCUUCACUUCUUUAUGAAUGUUGUAAACGGGCCUCGAUCCGCAUUCCCGAAUGGUUCAAGCGCCAUGCGACAGCUCUCGGCCAUGGAUAUAUGGUACACUUCGCCAUUGGUCGUAUGGCACUAGGUAGAGGUCCCUGGCACGCAAUCGUGAGGAAUCCAGCAGGAGUACAGCUUUUCGACUGGUUCGUUAGCCAGGGUGCUCCUGGAGCACCUUUUGCUGCGGAUGCACCUCCAUGGGUGCGAAGCAACAUGACAGAUGAGAGUCCGAUGUUUGACGCAAUCACUAUGGAUCGUCCAGUAUUGGUCGUGAAAUUUGCCAACUAUCAUCCUCCGAUAGUGUGGCUCAACUAUCCCCUCCGCCCAUCUGAAUUCUUAUGGGCCCUUGUCAAGACCAGUGUCGAGUCCGCCACCAGCUUGUAUCAUGUCGUCGGGAUUCAAGAAUUCCAAACACAUUGCAUAGGUGGCCGGGGUACUCUCGAAUUGGCAAUUACACGCCUGGCGCAUUAUUACGUCCUCGGUUGGUACGAGUGGAAUUAUCACUUCCAAAGGGACUUGGAAAGACUCGGCUUCAUAUCCCGAGCUGAUGCGAGGGCGCUUUAUGCUGAGUUGCGUCGUGUUACUAGUUUGAAAAUGACAGCCGUUCUUCACUAUAUGCCCCGAACUUGGUUUGGUACAGCCGGAGAGCGGUUUGUCAAAGCCCGUUGCGCGAUUGUUGGGGCUUAUUUUCUCCUGUGUCACAUUCGACCUGAGACUAGGUUCCAUGUCACGAGGUGGAGUGGUAGAUCUCAGGGUAUUGUGGAAUAG